GUCGGCAGGUAUGCCUGCGAGGAUGAUGAGCGCGCGGGCGGGCGCGGGCGCGGGCGGCGAGGUGAGUGUGGCGGACAGCCCGCUGGCCACGCUCGAGUCCCUCGCGCAGGCCGCCGUCAUCGCCGUCAUGGGCGUCGCCAUCGUCAUCUCCAACCUCCUCAUCAUUGCUGCCUUCCUCAAUUUCAAAGGUCUCUCGAACGAGGUGAUUAAUUACUACCUCUUAUCACUGGCUGUGGCGGAUUUAUUGUGUGGGUUGUUCGUGGUGCCUUUAUCCGUAUACCCAGCCAUUACUGGCCGCUGGAUGUUCGGCGACCUAAUGUGCCGACUCGCAGGAUACGUCGAAGUUACUCUGUGGUCCGUCUCAGUCUACACUUUCAUGUGGAUAUCAGUGGACCGAUACCUGGCCGUCAGGAAGCCUCUCCGAUAUGAGACGGUUAGUGCGACGGUACAAACUCGCACUCGAAGUCAGUGCUGGAUGGUGUUCACUUGGAUAUCAGCGGCAAUGCUCUGUUGCCCACCACUGCUAGGCUACAAGAAGGAAGCGAACUUCGACAAGGAGACCUUCAUCUGCAUGCUGGACUGGGGCACCACGUACGCCUACACUGCCACUCUCGGAAUUCUCGUCCUAGGGCCGAGCGUAAUCUCUAUAGUUUAUAAUUACUUCUAUAUAUUUUCAAUGAAACGAAAACUAAACAGUGGUGCACCUAUUCACGAUAAAGAAUAUGCAACUGCUUUAGCGGAGAACCUCGCUAACCCUAGCCACUGGAUGAGCUUUAUUCUCGUGUCAGCUUUUUGGCUUAGCUGGGCGCCGUACGCCGGGGUCAGGCUGUAUGAGUACUUCACUUCUCAGGAACUUAAGAUUCCGAUGCUGCACUUUGGUGUCGUGUGGCUUGGAAUAUUAAACUCCUUUUGGAAAAUUGUAAUUUUAAUCUCUUUAAGUCCACAGUUUCGAUUAGCUCUCAGAAUACUUUGCUUAACAGCCUGCUGUCGCACUAAGGGCAGGUUACAAGCCGAGCUUAUAGGUUUGGAUAACGACGACUGAAUCAUCUUUUGGUCUACAUACUGUUACGUAAAACAAAUUGAAACUUUAAUAACAUACGUAUAUCAUUAAGAGACAAAGAGUGCCCAUUACUGGCGGUGCAAACAAGAGUUUUGGUUGUGUAGUAUUGAAUAUGUACGUCUGUUAGUUCGAUAGAGGUAAAUACAACCGUGUUUGUAAUUGAACAGUGCCUGAUAAUAAUAAUAUUACAAUAAAGUCCACGAGUUAUAACAUCGCCGUUUUUGCUCGUUUGGGUAAUUCCAGUAGUAAUCUCGUGAUUAUCGCUCAAUAUAGAUUAUUGUUGUUUCUUCUCUUUGUCUCUAGUACAUUUUUAUGAAUAGUUUUUAACAUACCUUGGCGAUAAAUUACCUACGACAUUAUAUAUUAAAUCUUCUAUUUGAGGCAUUUGUUUUUAAUAACGUCAAGUCUCUUUUUGGUAGAUCUUAGUGCGUAUGCGUACCCUUUCGAGAUAGUUUCAUAUUAGAUGGUCAUAUAAGGGUGCCUUUUAACAUAUUUUGUAGGCUUGAAUAACCCACCAGAACAAAAUAUUUUAAUUAAAUAGCAUAUUUUCUUAGUUGAAUCAUAAGUUCUGUUACAAGUCAUUUUAUGAAUAAAAUAACACCUGCAGUACAGCGAGUUGAUUCGCUGUGAACAACACUGUAGUAUAAGUAAUUAAAUUAGUGUAGUACAUAAAUUUCAACCAUCAUGCAGAUCUUGAGCUUUGUAGCAGUGGCUGAGGAUGCACCCGCGAUUAAUGUUCAACUCAAAGUGAAGAGAGAGAAUCCUUUAAUUCAAUCGUUUCUAUAAAUAAUAAGUAGUAAAACGAUUAUAACGUUUUAUCUAUUAAUAUACUUGUAAAAGAACUAAUGAGUUAACAAAGAGGCCUUUCACAUUAUCCAAUACGAUCCCAGCUAACGCCAAUAGAUUGUGACUGUACAGGUACCUAGUCUCUAGCAUUGCAUAUAUACAUAUAUGCAUUGGUCGUCUCAACCGCUCUUGACACAGCGUUACAACAAUCAUCCGUCAGGGAUGCAGUGGCCAUUGAUGAUGAGGUACCUAGUAUUUUUCACAUACCUUGGGUCAGUACUCAGUACCCACAGUUGACAGUUGUCUUCUCAAUAUAUUUUUGCGUUUUAAGGUUAUAAAUAAUAUGGCAUUGACAGCUGUUACCGUAUCCAAGCUAUGUGAAAAAUAUGAACAUACUAUACCUAACUACAUAGGUAGCACAUUGUAAACAUUGUCCUUCGUGUAUUUGAUAAAUAAAUAAUUGGAUAUUGAUGCCAACACCGAUAUAUCGCCAGCCAGAAAUGUAGAUUUUAUUUUAUGUAUUUACGAAGCAUGUACGUACGCAUGUAUGUACUUAGCAAAUAUGUAUAUGUGGCGGCACUGUUAGCGACAUCGUCUCGGAUAAUGUAAAAUGGCUCUAAGUACUUAUUAGUGUCGUUAACGCUUUAGAUCGUGGUUAUUACACUGUCUUACGUUUCUUAUGAUAAUAAAUAAAUAGAUUAGGUACUUAAAUAGGUACAUUGACUAGAAGGUAUCAUUCGUAAUAUAUUUUUUUACAAAAUAUGUGUGAAUAAAGAGCAAUAUGGAAAGAGUAAUGAAUCCAUAUCAUUUGAUUUUUAAACAUUGUAUUAGUAAUUAACUCAUUUUAUUGGUAAAGAUACUAAUAAAAGUAAUAAAUCUGUAGAUUGCAAGAUAUUCUAAACUAAUAUUACGUGUUUAGGUAUUGGGUAUAUGAUUUUAACGCACAGCAGUGAUGAGGAUCCUAUUUGUAGGAAAAAGUACACGUGCUAUCAGUUGGCACCGCAUGUACUAGGUAAGUAGGUACCCAUAAUAUAAAAAAAAAACUAUAACUCUUAAUACAUGUAUAUUUUGCGAUACCUAUUGUUAAUUUGUUGUUACAUACUCGUACCUACAUGGACUGUCAUGGGACUCGACGAAUGGAAAACGGAAUGCAUAUUCAGAUAACUUACGUAAUAAUUUUAGUGAUUUAUAUUAACCUUAAAUCGUUAUCAGGCGCCCUUCAAGUGGGCACGUCACAUGUUAAAAAAACUACCUGAUAUGAUCAAUUGAUCGGUAAUCAAUAGUCUGGAAGAGAUCGCUUUAUAGCGAUAAGUCCGCCUGUUGUUACCUACUCAUUUAAGUCCUGUCUUUUUUUUCUAAUAUGUACUUUUCUUUAGUAGUGCACAAUAAAGAAUUUUAUUAUUAUUAUUAUAGUCGGUCGCUUCUCUGUACGGGCUUGGAAAUAAAGUUAUUUUGUAUAUGAAUGAAUAAAGUUAUUUUGUUUUGUUUUGUUUUUGUAUAAGAAUUUCGUUGUUUUACGCUCUCUAAUUGUACAAUGUACAAUAUAUUUGUCUCAUUCAAUUUGCAUUACAGUUGAGUUCAUAAAUAUGUGUUAAACCUACCUCCAUUUUGGAUUAAGGUGAAAAAAUUUAUAUAACUAUAAUUAAUUCGACUGUACCAAACAGUGUCCAACAGGGUCCGCCGAUACCGAUGUAAGCUUACUAACAUAAUAUUUUUGUAACUUUCGGUGUAUGGAGUGUCUGUGUAUUUGUUGUAGAAUAUCACAUACGAGUAUUUGCAAACUGUAGUUUCUUAUUUCUCAAACCUAAGGCUGUGCUUAGAUAAUUUUGUGUGUUUAUAAUAUUUUUAUUUUUAGAGUAGUUGUAGACAUUAUGAAGUUAAUAAUUUUUGUUAUGAUGCAUUAGGUGAACGAGAAAGAGAUAGCUAUACCAUAUGAGCAAAAACUAACAUUUUAGCGACGCGAUGGCACGAUUUAUAGCCAUGGAAUUAACAAACAUCUUUAAUUUAGAACUACAUAUUACGGUUGUAAGCCUAAUUAAAGUUAUACCUAAAUUAAAUCCCGCCUUAUUUGCCGUUUUAAGACAAACAACUUCCCUAAUGGUACACAUUUAUAAUAACGCCCCGUUUCCGUUACCUUACAAAACAACAUGCGGUGAACUAUCUACAUAAAAGACCUUAAUAGUUAUACCCGGUGUUGGCCGAAAGUUAAUUGCAAUCAACCUUAUAAAUUGAACCGUAAACCGUAACGGACGGUUACAGUUUACGGUUCAAUUUAUAAUAGUUAAUGGCCAAAAAUGGUUAAUUGCAUUAACAUUUCGGCCAACACUGCCUAUUGACGUAAAAUGACAUUGGAAUGAUUUGUAUCUAACUACUGGGGGCCGAUUUUUGAAAUUCGACCACUCGAUUUCGUGUAUUUCGUUAAAUGAUAUCUCCACUACUAGGCGUUUAAAUUCUACUUAAUAGAAUUGAAAUCGAGUGGUCAAUACCACUAGAUUCCAAAUUUCGAUCUCUCGUAUUUCAAAAAUUAGCAUUUCGCCGUUUUCCACUGAUUUUCGAGUGACGAAAUCGAGUGAUCGAAAUUCAAAAAUCGGCCCCCUGGAGUCAGUUAUGUAACGCUGCCAUACAUGACCCAAAAAUUUUUUAUUAAGCUAUGAGCUUCAUCACAUCUGAUAUUUGAGUAAUUCUAAGCAUUUCUAGCCUGAAGUGGGGGGGAGGGUGGGGUACAAAGACGGCCGCCAUCCGUCAUCUUUAAAAAAAAUCUACUCUGAUCCUGGUGGGUACUAGGGCAAGUUUGGUAUCAUUUUCGUAUAAACCAAAGACGUAGAAUUCAUUGCUGAUAUUUGUUUUUUCAAUUUCAUAGUAAUUUUACAAGAAAAACGUAAAAAGGUGAAAAAUUUGGUUGGAGAUUUUUGCUACGCGGAGCCGAAACUACAAAAGAUAGAAAGUUGAAAUUUGCACACUAGAUUACAUUUAUAAAGUGUACAAGAGACAAGAAGCGAUUUUGAGAAAUUCAACCCCUAAGGGGGUUAAAAAGGGGAUGAAAGUUUGUAUGGGGUUCAAGUUUUAUUUUAAGCUAGGAAUUUGAAACUUCGUAAAACGAUAUAUUAUUAAAAUACAAGAAAACUAAUUUCAGCGUUUUUGAAAAUUCAUCCCCUAAGGUGGUGAAAAAGGAGUUGAAAGUUUGUAUGGAUAUCAAAAAAAUUUUCGAACGCGGGACUUGAAUCUUUGUAUUUGGGGAUAUUAUUAAAAGACAGGAAAAGUAAUUUCAGCGUUUUGUAAAAUUCAUCCCCUAACAGGGUUAAAAAGGGGUUGAAAGUUUGAAUCCAUUACAAAUCCGAGUAGACACACAUUUCUUAUUGCCUCCCAGGCUUGAAAUGCUUAGAAUUACUCAAGGAACAUAUGUGAUGAAGCUCAUAGCUUAAUAAAAAAUUUUUGGGUCAACUUUAUAACUGCUUCCGCUAAACUAGGUAAAAGAUUUAGAUAGCUACAUAUGUAACAAAUAAAUUGCAUUGUAUGAAGAUGUACCUAAUGUUUAUAAUUUAUAACAAUAAAGUGUUGUAUAAAUUACUAUGUACCUAUGUUAGUAAUGUCUGUAGCACAUACGCCUGAAGUAGGGGAAAGCGGGUACUAACGUAACAUAUACUAUUUCCUUAGUUUCAGGUAAACCAUUAUUUAAGAGGUUUGUAAUGACGGUAAUGAAUGUAGGUAAUACGACAUAUUAAAUCAAAAAAGUAUUAAUUAUCUAACUGAAUAUUAAUAUAAUAAUACAGUUUGAUAUUUGAAUUUUAACUGCUUAAACACAUUAUAUUUCAUGAACAUAAAUAAUUUUUAUAUCAAGUAAUGAGAUCAAUUAUUAUAUUAUGAACAUGUUUUCUCAUCAGAUAAUUCAGUGCUCAUAUUAAGGCUUCUAUUCACUCACAAAUAUAACACACAUAUCGUUUUAAUUUUAAUUAUGAUUAACGCAUUAAGAAUGUGAUCACAUUUUACAUAAAAUACUUUGUAUUAAAUGGAAAUGUUAUUUGUACCCAUAAGGCUAGUUUACUUUUGUACCCGGCCGCAUUUUUCUGAAAACAUGAAAAAUAACUUUGUAACGGCACGUGGUAGAAUAAAAACAUAUUAUAACAUUAUGCAAUCAAUUUAAUCAAGAAUCGAUAUGCAAAUAUUUUGAUAAAUGUAACCCUUUUAAUACAGCGUAAACAUUAAAUAACUACACGUCAAAAAUCGUAAAUUUGAUUCGUAAAAUCAAGUAGGGUCCUCUCACACAACCUAAGAGCACGUGACAUGCGUUUCGAUUGAAUGCAAGUGGAUGUAGCGGGAGCGCCGGCUAUCACCUGAUGGCAGCGAAUGCAGCGAAGCAGUGUUAUUUGACUAUGGCUAAACCUACCAGAGUAUUGUUACUUUUCACCCGCUUUUACGUAUGUCCCCGCUCUCCCCUACCUUUUUAUCUAUUUCUACGAAGCCUACUACAUAGAAGUGUGUUCACAUUCCUCUGCUUCUAUCGAAGAUCCGGUGAUAUCAAUUUAAAUCUACAUUGCCUUCAUUGUACUUACUAACUAUUAAUUAAUGUAAUUUUACAGUAUGCGCAGUAGUAUUUACGUAGGUACCUAUAAUUACUGCAUUAGUUAUCGUCGUUAUCGAUUCAAGAACAAAGCAAUAGCAUAAACGAGGAAUUUAAGUUUAUUAUUCAGAAUAAGUUAUAUAGAAGUUACUCGUGGAAAAGUAUCUAAGAAUUAAAACUCAAUUUGAUAUUAAUAGAAUUUGUAAUAGCGACAUUUAUCGAUCUCAUUAUUUAUAAAAUUUACGUAAAAUUGACGACUAGUUAUAUAGUUACAUAUAACGAGUUAACUAGAAUAAAUUUGUUAGUACCUAUGUAUUGUUAUAAAAUAUGUAGGGUGUGUAACAAGUCAUUUGGAAGUAAUUAAAGCUAAAAUUAUCCUUUAUAUGUUAAAUUUAGUCGAAACCAGUUCAUGUACCUAGUUUGUGUGUUUGUGAGUUCAAUUCUAAUUUUUAAUAGGUACUUACCUAAUUGUCGUGUACAUAUGGCAGCUGGGGUUACUUACGGACAGAAGGUUAUUUUCCUGUGCAUGUGCAGUGCACCGUCAGCGUUCCUUCAUAAUUUUAUUGUUACAUUAAGCCAACUGACAAUAGAUACUUUUAAAAGUAAAGCUAGAGAGUUAUUUUUUUUA